AUGGCGAACGCGCACGUUUCAGAACGAGGAAGUUCACCGACAGCGGGUGAUUUGAACGAUCUUUUUGAUUAUGACAUCGGCUUAGAUGAGGUUAUCCUGGAUAAUAAUGCUCCCAAUACCAACAGCACCAAGGCUUCUGGGACAGGGGAUUCGGCACUUGGUUUAGGUCUUGACGAAGAAGUUAAAGUCGCAAAGAAACGACAACCUGUGGCGAAACUAGAUGAGGGCCGUUUACUCUCACAACCAGGCAUACCAAAACUGCGACAUACUGCCAGGCAGAAGCUGAAAUUCAAAGGCAAAGGACACGAGUUCAAGGAUGCCGCACGGCUGCUCAACUUUUACCAGCUAUGGCUCGAUGAUCUAUUCCCACGCGCAAAAUUCGCAGACGGUUUGACAAUGAUUGAGAAACUGGGACACUCGAAACGCAUUCAGGCUAUGCGAAAAGAAUGGAUAGACGAGGAGAAACCGAGACUUUUCGAUAGCUCUGGACCUGCGUGGGAAGAUCUUGAACACCCUCAUGUUCCCAAGAACACUACAGAUAAACCAACUGCAACUACCCAGGAACAGGAAGGAGCUACCGACCAAGACCUGUUCAUUCUAGACCCAAACAAGAGCGCGCGGCCUACAAUCAGCUAUCCUGAGCCUGAGCCCGACGACGAUGAUUUAGAUGAUCUUCUCAGAGAACAGGAUGAGCCAGUGAUUGAUUUCCCCGUCAACAUGCGUGCCUCGCCUUCGCGGGCACCAGAUGAUGAUAACGACGACUAUGAUGCUGAAUACGAAGCGAUGAAGGAGCUUGGGAUGUAG